UCCCAAAACCCUAAACCGCCUUCCUCUUCUAGCAGUCUCCUCCUCCUCCUCCUCCUCUUCCUCCGCGCACGCGUCUCCGUGUUGAUUUGCCCUCUCUCUCUCUCUUCAAUGGCGGAAGCCAUUGUUGCCGCCGCCGCCGCCGCCUUCCACUGACGAGGUCCUGUUCAUCGCUCUCUCUCUCUCUCUCUCCUCCGGACGUUAAUGGUGGUGUAGGGUUCCUGGCCGGACUUGCUGUCGUGGCUUGAUAGCUACAUUCGUUCCUUGACUUGGAUUCUUGCUGUGACAUGGAGGGUUUCUGGAGGCGGCGUCCCGUUACCCUCGCUUUGGCCGUGUCGCUUGCCAUGAUGGUGCUGCUCUCGGUUGCGGUUUUCGGAGGAGGUGUGAUCGACGGGCAUUGGCCAUUUCAGUCGAGUCUAAUGGCUGUUAAGGGUGACAGACUGAGGAAAUCUGCACUGCAUCGGAAGCUCCUUCGUCUUGCAUCGGCAAUGGAAGAACCGAACAGGAUGUGGGGGGAGAGAUGCAGCAAGGCCGAUAUAGUGAUAAGCCAAGGACCGACGUCCCCGCUCCCCAGUGGCAUACCCACCUAUACCGUGGAGAUCAUGAACGCUUGCGUGACCGGGUGCGACAUCUCUCGCAUCCACCUCAACUGUGGCUGGUUCAGCUCCGACCGUCUCAUCAACCCGAGGGUCUUCAAGCGCCUCCGCUACAACGACUGCCUCGUUAACGAUGGCGAGCCCUUGACCAACGGGGACACUCUCUCCUUUCAAUAUGCCAACACCUACUCUUACCCUCUCUCCGUCUCUUCCGUCGCGUGCUCUUGAGGGAAGGAAGGGGACGACAAUGGGUCUCACGUUUGACAACAGUCAAUUCAGUGUUCAUAGGAUACACGGCCUUUUCAGUUACUUGCUUUUUGUUUGUAUGUCUGUUGGUGCCACUGACUUUGUGGAGCUUGUUGCUUGCUUGGUGGUUGAGUGGUAAAUACUAAAUAGUAGUCGCCUUGUAUUUUGGUCCGGGCGUGGAGGCCAGGACACGGCAGACUGUGCUGCCGGAGCUACUACGAUGAUCUUUUCUGUUUUGGGCUCGGAGGGGUUGAUUUCGGAACGAUUCCAUUUUGUGGGGGCGCAGAGUGUAAAUAGCUUAAAACAAGAACAUGUGAUUACAGAAUGCUGUCUUGUUUGUUGAUGAGGGAGGAAAUGAUGAUACAUUUGAUGAGCCUUUUACCUUUA